UUGUGUUGCACCGUUCGCGUGAUAUUGUCGGCCGCGACAAGAACGCGUUAUCGGUUAACCGGCCGCGGACGGUAGUUCGCGUGAUGUUAACAUUCGGUUUGGACGUUUCCAACGUGCGGUUACGAUGUCGUGUCUCGCCCGUCGCACCGUCGGCAGACAAACCGGUGAAUAAUUCGCGUGUACGGAGUUAUCGGAAGUUGUCGUUUUAACGGAGAAGGGUACGCCUGCGUAACCGCGUUGAAAAUCUAUGCGUAAGAUUCAGUAACGUUUACGUUAAAGAAGACGCGGGACGGUGAUCGGUUGCCAACCGAACAAGUCGUACGGUUAAUUUUCGAGCGGACGCGUUGUUCAACCACGUGAUUAUAUUCGCGUGAUCACUACGCGUUUGCGGACGGCAAAAUUGUUUUAUUGAUUGUAUUUAUUCGUUUUUUUUUAUUCGUUUAAAACAAUGAUCCGUAAUCUUUUAAUUAAAAUAAUUGAACGAUCGUCGGCUUUACGAGCAUCGCUUAGGAAGUAACGAUUAAAAAGUAUAUUGAACUGGGCUUAAAAGUGUAGCGCAUCUACAUAAACGUUAAAUGUCAAUUCGUCGACAGACUUUCAGCAAUCGACUCCUCAGUAAUAUUUCGUUUGUGUACCUAUUGAAUAGUGUAGACGCGAACGAUAUCUUGCUCUCGAUGCGGACGAUUGUCAACGUCUUGGUGUUGCUGAGCGUAUGUGUCCUGCCGUCAUCGGCACAGGCCAGGUACACGCCCUGCACGAACUCCGACCAAUGUUGCGUCCGUAACAUGUCCAACACUUGGCAACACAAAACCGAACUGUACUGCUCGGGAAUUCAAAGCAUACCGCCGGUUUACGAAACGAUCAACGUACUUACAAUCAAGGAUUCGAGUAUUGAACAUUUUUCUGAAAAAUCGAUUUAUGCAUAUAGAAAUGAUCUUUCAGACAUAAUAUUAAUCAACUUGAAAAACCUCAAAUACUUGGACUCAUCAACUUUCAAACAUUUUAAUAAGUUACAAUCACUGUAUAUAUCACGUGCUAAUGCUUUGAAAGAAUUGCCUUCAGACAUAUUUCGUGGACUUUCAAAAACAUUUUUAGCACUGCGUAUAAGUAAAACCAAUAUUAAAGCCAUACCUGAUCUUUCAGACCUCGGAACAUCAACUGCAAUGCAUAUUAUUGAGUUCGAGGGAAAUCGAUUGGAUACAUUACCGACGAAUGGAAUAAAAACUCGUGCUGGACAGUUGCUAUUGGAAUAUAAUAAUAUACACGUAAUAGAAGAUUGGGCAUUCAAUGGUUCAGAAAUAGCAAAAUUGAGUUUAAAAGGAAACUAUUUAGAUUUUUUGUCAGAACACAGUUUCGAUGGAAUUAAAAACUUACUGACAUUGGAUUUAUCGGAUUCGUCAAUGAAAUUAUUACCAUCAUUUGGGUUAAUGAGUAUUGAAGUACUUCGUAUUGAAAAUACUCCUACCCUGACAGAGAUUCCUUCAGUUUAUUCAUUCGGGAGUUUAAAAGAAGCUCAUCUUACGUAUUCGUUCCACUGUUGUAGUUUUCAGUUUCCAGCCAAACAUGAUAAUUCUAACUAUAAUUUUCAUCAAAAUGAUUUACAACGAACAUCCAGUGAAUGUGAUAAAAUAAAGAAAAAUAAUGUCAUGCAAAAAAAUACAGCAUCACGAGGUUUCCCUAAAAAACAAUCUACCGAAUACGAUAAUAAUAGUGAUGAAGAAUUUUUCGACAAACCGGCCAUAACGACUGGCACUCUUGAUGUUAUGUGUGGCAAUAUAACAAAACUAGCAGCGAAAUCUAAUAUUGAAUGUUGGCCCAAACCAAAUGCUUUGAAUCCGUGUGAAGACAUUAUGGGAUUCUUUUGGCUUCGUAUUUGCGUCUGGAUGGUGGGAAUCUUAGCGUUUUUGGCAAACAUGGUGGUUUUGAUGGUGGUAUUUCGUAGAACAUUAAACUGUUCCGUACCCAGAUUCCUGAUGAGUAAUUUGGCUUUUGCUGACUUUUGUACGGCUAUUUACUUGUUGCUAUUGGCCUACGAAGAUUUGACAUCAAGUGAAAAGUAUUUUAAUUACGCGUACACAUGGCAAAAUGGCGUUGGAUGUAAGAUCGGAGGCUUUUUGACCGUUUUCUCGUCUCAGUUGUCGGUGUUUGCGUUGUGCUUACUAACGAUUGAACGUUGGUAUUCGAUACGGAAAGCGCUAUACACAAAUAAAAUGACAUUCGCCUCGACAGUAAAAAUCAUGGCUUUUGGUUGGGUGUAUUCAAUCGUAAUGGCUACGAUGCCGUUACUGGGCAUAUCGAGUUAUUCGACUACCAGCAUCUGCCUGCCGAUGGACACGGUUCGCGCGAGCGGCGUGUGCUACGUGUUCACGUUGCUGGCGUUCGCGGCCGCCGCGUUCCUGCUGAUGCUGUUCUGCUACGUGCAGAUCUACAUGUCGCUGAGCUACGAGACAAGGCACGCGGUCAAGGGCGAGGCGUCCGUGGCCCGCAAGAUACUGGUGCUGGUCGGCACCAACUUCGUGUGCACCGCGCCCGUGAUAUUCUUCGGCUUCACCGCGCUGCUCGGCUACCCGCUCAUCGAUCUCACCAAGUCCAAAAUGCUGCUGGUCUUCUUCUACCCGAUCAACUCGUGCGCCAACCCGUUCCUGUACACCAUACUCACCAGCAGCUUCAGACGCGACGCCUUCGCCACCAUUUCCAAGUUCGGUGUAUGCUUGGACAACAAGAAAGAAUAUAAAGUGAUCUAUUCAACCCAAACCAACACUCAACGUUCAACGCCGAUGCACAAACCUACGUUGUCAUUGACAUUGCAACAACCGUAGACAGAGAAAAACUAUUCAAUAGAAAACGUUUAAGUAACAGUUAUCUCUAGAGAUAACUGACUAUAUAUUCAUAAAUAUAUUAUAUUAUAAGUUA